AUGAUUCAGGUACCUGACCCUGGUGGACAAAUCUUCACCUCCAUUGUCUACAUCUCCGCGAGUUUGGAGCUGAUUCACUGCCCAGGCCUCUGGAGUCCCCCAGACUGGGCCCCAAGGGAGGACCUUCAGGACACGGAGAGACCCCAAAAGAGGAUUCGAACUAUGUUUAACUUGGAGCAGCUGGAAGAGUUGGAGAAGGUGUUUGCAAAACAGCACAAUCUAGUAGGAAAGAACAGAGCCCAGCUGGCAGCCCGGCUCAACCUUACAGAGAACCAGGUGAGGGUCUGGUUCCAGAACCGCAGGGUCAAGUAUCAGAAGCAGCAAAGGCUGAAACCACCAGCUGUGUCGGCCAUGGCUGCCUCCCCAGACGAGCCCUCCAGCAGCUCUGACGCCAUCAUCCAGAGAGCAGACACAGAGUCAGGAGGGGACAGCUGA